GCAGUGAUACGAAAAGAGUUGCCGCCCAAAUGCAAGGAUCCAGGUUCUGGACAUACGGACUGUUUGCCCAAACGGAAGCCACGCGACAGAAGUCUGCAUUUUGAUGUGGAACCACCCGACUUAAAAGAUAAGUGUGUGGAGGAGCUUCGUCUUGAAGCUUAUGACGCCGUGAUGUGGUAUAAGGAUCGCACCAAGAUGUGGCACGACAAGAACUUGCAAGGAAAGACAUUUACAGUCGGCCAAAAUGUACUUUUUUUCCAGUUAAAGCUGCGGUUGAUGACCGGAAAAUUGAAGACGAAGUGGAUUGGCCCCUUCAUGAUACAGUCUGUUUGCCCAAACGGGGCGUUUGAGAUUCGCAGUUUAGACACGGCUAAGAUAUUCGUCGUGAACGGACAACGUUUGAAGCCGUACUAUGAUGCCUCUUCUUUGGUUCCAGCGGAGUCUGUUUCGCUGCUGCUUUCGGGCACGUUUUGAGCACUUGAGCAGUCGAGCCAACGACGUUAAAUAAUGGCGCUUAUCGGGAGGCAACCCGACUUUCUUUCCCUUU